AUGGCAGCAAAUCAUUCCAUUGCACCGAGUGUCCUAAACAACCUGUAUGUCAGUGCAUUUUACGCCUUAGACAGCUCGUGUUUGCUACGCCAAAUCUACGUAGCCGAAUUGGAAAGCCACAGUGUCAAGCCAUCCACCGUGCCUUUAAAUCUCGGAGAAGGAGGUCAUUUUAAAAAGCUCAAAAAACCUCGAGGGACGUCGAAAGAUAUCAAGGAUUUUCUCACAGUUGCCUACACGGGUGCCUAUGCUCUGUUUUUGGGCACAAGCAUUAUGGUGGAGAAUUCAAGCUCGGGUAUUGAAAAGAAACAUCUCUUGGCCGUGAGUACUGAGCUAGUCAACAUACUGACUCGCCUUUACUUGCAGCUCGUAGCCUGGGGUUUUCCAAUUCCCAAAACCAACGAGAAAGUUGACAAGGAACACCUGCGAAAAAGACUUCGGCAUUUGAUAAAAGUGUUUUUAAAGGAUAAGCAAGUUAGAGCUCUCGUUCCGCCGUUUAUAGGGAGGGAAACGUUGCUGUUGAAAUGGGGGCUGAAUAUCGAAUACAUUUCUUGCCUCUCCGAGUUUAUGAGCAAGGUGAAGCCUACUUCGCGAAGAUAUACAAUCUAAAAAAUAAUCGAAAAACUCGUACAAUCUGAAAGAAUGAUUUGGUAUAUGAUAUCCUCUUCGAAUUUUGGAAAUUCAAUGAAUCAAACGAUUACGAGCUUUAAACUAUAUACUGUAUAUCAACUUGAUUUCUCUUUGCACAUGAAUACAAAUCGUGGAACGAGUACGACUACAGCAAGAUGGAAGAAACAGAUAGACGAUGAUAUACAAUUUUAAAAACUGAGAUAUAUAACUUGUACUAUUACUAUAGGAUUUUGGUGACAAUGAUUUGGUUUCUCCAAUGAAGUUCCACAAUCAUAAGAUAAAACGUAAUGCAUGAAUUAUAUUUAAACUUGAUUUCUGCACAAUGGGGUCAGAAUUUCUGCUGCGUUGUUGGUAUGUCAGAUGAAUGAGCAAAAUGAAACGAUCAAGCGAGCUAGGGCAUGUACUAUUUAGAGAAUGAAUUACGUUUUUAUCAUUGCGAUAACUUGAUUUUGACGACGUUGAUCUGAUUUCUCGAUUGAAUAAAACGUUCGUGAUUAUCAAUAAAUAAUCGAGCUUGAUCUUUCCAUCUUAUAUUCAAAAUGUAAAAUGUUGAAACGAGGUGUGAAUUUGCAUUGACUAUAUCGGAGUUUAUAAAAAUGCGAAGUAAAAAGAAUGGGUUUACAUAAAAGGAUGAAUUUCUAUAUUAGCGUGCAUGAGGUUACUCGAAUUCGGUAGCUGUGAUUUGGGAAUCAAUAAAUCAGGUCGUGUCAGUAAAACCCCCCACCCUGAAUAUAAUUGUCACAGCUGUUGUUAUUGUUGUAAAACGUGAAAUGUAAAACCAAUAAACCUUUAUGAAUGAUGGGUAUAAUUUUGUUUCUUGAUCUCAUUCAAGUUCAUUUAAUCAUGAUCACUGGACAGAUCAUUGAUGAUACGAUGGAGGGAAAGUUCCUUAAUGAUUAGAGAACAAAUGUAAAACCAAUAAACCUUUAUGAAUGAUGAGUAUAAUUUUGUGUUUUGAGCUCAUGGAGGUUCAUUCAAUCACUGGAUAGAUCAGCGAUGAUAUGAUAGAGGGAGAAGGAAGGUUUCUCAAUGACUAAAGAGCGAAUAUAAAACCAAUAAACCUUUAUGAAUGAUGAAUAUAAUUUUGUUUCAUGAGCUUAGAUGGACAGGGAAGAUUGCAUAAUGAUUAGAGAGGUAGCUUGGUUCCUCAUCUUUCUUUUCAUUAGAGAGCCUUCUAUCCCCACCUAAAAUGUGCAUAUGUGACAAUGUCUAGAGUGAUUAGGAAAAGUGGGGGAUUUAAAACAAAUAUUUUUGUAAUUAGAAAUCUAGAAAUGAAGAAAUUAUUAGAGGAAGGUAUAGAUGAAUACUUGCCAAUUAUAUGGGUGUACUUUACAGACCUUACCAAAUUUAUUGUAUAUAAGCUUGAUCCCUCUACAAACAAAUUCUUAUACUUUUCAUAUUUUUUGUAGUUGGAGAAUAACCUUUAUUAAAAAGUUGUAAUAAAGAAAUUGCUUUUGGGGAACAAGUGAUUUGGUAUAUUUAAUCAGAUAAACUUAUACAUAAUUAACGUCAUAUCUAGAAAUAGAGAACAGGUCAAAUAUGGUACAAAUGCUUGUGAUAACUUACAGACAAUAAUACUAACACAAAAGCUUUCUGUAUAGCAAUUUGUUGGUUAGUUGCAGAGCUUACCAAUGGUAACCAUGCAGUUGGAUUCAAUAGUUGGAUCUUUGAUCCAGAUGCUCAAUGAAUCAACCUUCAUAUAUUUGAUAUAUAAUAUGAACUUUAGGUGAUAUAUCUAAUACAUUUAUGCUUCUACAUGAUUACUUAUGAUCUCCUAAACGACUUGGAUUCAAGUUUUUCUUGUAAAUCUUAGUUCCAAGAAAUUACCUUAGUGAAGAUGUCACAGACCAUUCCAAGUCAACCAAUGUCAACCAAAAUAUUUUCCCUAACUGUAAUGGCUGAAUUUUUAUUUCUUCCAAAUCCAUAAACAUUUACUGCACUCCAGUCAGUUACACAUAGAAAACAUAUACUAUAUAUAUAAACAUUUUGUACUUAGCAGACUUAUCAAUAUUUAAUGAAUCAUCCUUUCACUUCUGUAGGGUAUCCACAUAGAUAUUACAUUUUCUAUUUCUAUGUACAUUUAAAUGUAUGCAUGAUUAGUUGUAAGUAAUAAGUAUACAAUCGAAUAUAAGCAUUGUAGUUGUUUUCUUGUAAAUCUUAGACUUAAAUACUUCCAGGAAAUUACCUUACCAAGCACUGAGAACCAAAGAUCAUAUAUACCAUAGAUUAUCCCAGGUCAUGAUCAAUUAUCAAAACAUUUUCUGCUACAGUUAAGAAUUGCCAACACAAUGACUCCCGUCCCUGUCAUUCCCAAAAAGAUACACUCAACCAAAGUCCAGGUACACGAAUACACCGACACAACACACAUUUCAUCCACCUAACUGUUGGCGUAUGUCCAAACCGUCGAGACACUUGAUAAAUUUUGAUCUGACAUUUCACUCACAAGUUUCAAAUUUACCGCUAUUCUGACCCUUGACAUUUCAGUUCUUCACACCCAGGGUUCCGCUUACAACCGAUGAAGGUUCUGUUCCUUUGUCUGGGUUUUUAAACUCCUUCGUCCAGAAGUUUAUACCCUUACUGCGACUUCUCAACUUAAACUGAAAUAGGUUGAUAAUACAUAUACGUAUUUGUAUAGACCAAGAAAAGGUUUUCACCGUAAUUUUUAGUCUUAGAAUUAAUCUCGUAUUUUCUUGGAAAAUCCUUACAAAGAACAACGGUUAGGGUUUCUCAAUGCGACGUGUUCCUUGAAAUUUAAUAUCGUUCGAGAAAGUUUUAACAUGUUUUCAUAUUUUAAUUGACAUUUAUGUUAUGGCGGACUUUUAUAUCAACUUUUUCCCUAUAGGGUUCAUGAUAUUCAUCAUACUUUUGAAUAUAUAGGUACAAUACGGCUAUGUAUUUUGGCCUACUGAGCUAAACUAACUUUAUUUAUUGUGAAGAGUUCAUUCGGUUUUAAACUGUUCUUCCUGGAAGUCCAGUAAGGGUCACGCCUUAUUGAUACAGUGUUACUGCAGGAGGAAACCUAAACUAGACUAACUUUAUUUAUACUCACUGGAUAGCUCUAUCAGUUUUAAACUAUUCCUAGAAGUCCAGUAUGGCUCCAUGCAUUAUUGUUCCAAUGUUACUAUAGGAGGAAACCUAAACUAAACAAACUUUAAUAUUUAUACUGGAUAGCUCUAUCAGGUUUAAACAGUUUUUCCUAGAAGUCCAGUAAGGGGUCAUGCCUUAUUGAUCCAGUGCUACUACAAGAGGAAACCUAAACUAAACUAAACUAUAACUUUAUUUAUACUAGAUAGCUCUCAGUUUUAAAUUAAACUAUUAUUCCUAGAAGUCCAGUAAGGGUCACGCCUUAUUGAUCCAGUGCUACUACAGGAGGAAACCUAAACUAAACUAACAUUAUUUCUACUGGAGAGCUCUAUAUCGGUUCCAAACUGUUCUCCCCAGAAAUCCUGUAAGAUUCAACAUUAUUCCAGUGCAUAUAACUACAUACGUAAAACUAUAUGUGGUGAAGUCCGACGCAAGCAUUUCCGAAAUCGAAUGUGAAAAUGAAAGAGGUGAAAGCAACUACCGUUUCACCAUCACUCGUAUAAUGUUAUAUUUGCAUAAGCAUAUUCUGAUGUUUGUCGUGUUACUCUGAGUGUACAUCCACAUUGAGCAAGCUGAAAAGUUUGCCUGACCACGGUGGGAAUCGAGCCCGCGACCUUUGGGAUACUAGUCCGUGCUCUACCAACUGAGCUACGAGAUCAAGUCGGUUUGAGUUGGUGGUAUUUCGGAACUGAGUCUAGUUCCUUCGAUAUCAAUGUAUUCUAAGAUGAUACAUGUAUAUUCUCCGAUCGAAUUUUCAUAUUCAUAUUUGCCAACAUAUGGACUCCAGAAUUGAAAUCUCCAUGCUCAUAUUAGUUUAUACUGAAAAUUUUACGACGUUUGGACAUCCAGGGCGGCGAGGUACGUCGUUUUGAAAGUUUUGUGUAUACAUGAGUUGACACAUUCCAGCAAAUGCAUAGAAAACAAAAUUUUCAAAACGCUGUAACUCGCGUCCCGAGUGUCCAAACGUCAAGACAUUUUCGGUGCAGAUUAAUUUGAGCAUGACGAUUUUAAUUCUGGAGUCAAUGUUUGGCAAAGAUCUGCAUAGAUAGCGAGAUGAAAAAUUGAUGACGUCAACUCGGAUCGGAGAUAUAGGCAAAAGUAAAGCUAUAUGCAGAUUAUAAAACGUCUAGUAUUCAAGACAAUGCUUUAAUUAUACAUAUGCAAAUGACGAGACAAUGCUAAACAAUGAAUCUUCCGCGAAUCGAGCAAUAUACACCACAGGUUUUGGUUUUGCAUCAUUGCUUGACGCACUCUUACACUUUUCACGUAACAUCUCAGAAAAAAUUUCCAAACAGUUUCUUUAUUGGGAAAUACUCAAAAAGAACCGAAGAUUAAUUUACUGGAAUAUAGCGUUGUUUACUUAACCCAGACAACCGCAGUCACUAUAUAUGUACAACAAAUUCCCGUAUAUUGUUAUUGAGGUGUUUCGCUAUCGAUUUUGUUGUAGUUUCCAAUUCUGGGAAGACAUUUUCAUUGGCAGAUGGAUUCAGUUUGGAUUCCGCAGAAGGUCAGAGAAUUUUGAAAGCCAAGUCAAAACAUGUGGGCGAAGUACGACAGGUGUGUAGCAGUGAACUUCGUGUAUAUCUGGAGUGAGAAUUCGAGUCCAGAAAGUGAAGCCAAAGAUGGAGUUAUUAGACGUCAGUUUCAGUUCCUUGCUAUGGCUUUUGUCUGCGCGGUCUGCCGACUUCGAUUUAAAGAAUAAUACUAUGGUUUUAUGAACUUGAUAACUUGAUUGCUCUUUCAAUUCUAAACUGUUCUUGCUAGAGGUCCAGUAAGGGUAAUUCCUUAUUGAUCCAGUGAUACUGCAGGAGGAAACCUAAACUAAUUUUGCUAAUACUGGAUAGCUCCAUCAGAUCUAAACCAUUCUUCCUAGAGGUCCAGUAAGGGUAAUCCCUUAUUGAUCCAGUGUUGCUACAGGAGGAAACCUUAACUAAUUUUGAUAGUACGGGAUAGCUCCAUCAGUUUUAAACCGUUCUUCCUAGAGGUCCAGUGAAGGUCAUUCCUUAUUGAUCCAGUGUUACUACAGGAGGAAACCUAAACUAAUUUUGCUAAUACUGGAUAGCUCCAUCAGAUCUAAACCAUUCUUCCUAGAGGUCCAGUAAGGGUAAUCCGUUAUUGAUCCAGUGUUGCUACAGGAGGAAACCUUAACUAAUUUUGAUAGUACGGGAUAGCUCCAUCAGUUUUAAACCGUUCUUCCUAGAGGUCCAGUGAGGGUCAUUCCUUAUUGAUCCAGUGUUACUACAGGAGGAAACCUAAACUAAUUUUGCUAAUACUGGAUAGCUCCAUCAGAUCUAAACCAUUCUUCCUAGAGGUCCAGUAAGGGUAAUCCCUUAUUGAUCCAGUGUUGCUACAGGAGGAAACCUUAACUAAUUUUGAUAGUACGGGAUAGCUCCAUCAGUUUUAAACCGUUCUUUCUAGAGGUCCAGUGAGGGUCAUUCCUUAUUGAUCCAGUAUUACUACAGGAGGAAACCUAAACUAAUUUUGGUAAUACUGGAUAGCUCCAUCGGAUCUAAACCGUUCUUCCUAGAGGUCCAGUAAGGAUCAUCCCUCAUUGAUCCAGUGUUACUACAGGAGGAAAACUAAACUAAUUUUGCUAAUAUUGGAUAGCUCCUUCAGAUCUAAACCGUUCUUCCUAGAGGUCCAGUAAAGGGUCAUCCCUUAUUGAUUCAGUGUUGCUACAGGAGGAAACCUUAACUAAUUUUGGUAGUACUGGAUAGCUCCAUCAGUUCUAAACAUUUCUUCCUAGAGCUAGUCAUCUGUUAUUUGGUUUAGUGUUAUUACUGCAGGAGAAUAACAAAGUGUUAUUUUUUAGGCUGAACUGGAACAAGAACAAACGUAUUUUACACAGAGGGAAAAGAAGGAAGAGAUGGAAACAAAGAUGCUGUCGACCAAAGAAAUGAAGGUUAAGGUUGUCCAAUGUCUCCAGGUAAACUUUGAGGAAAUAAAUGAAGGAUUAAAAAGAUUGAAAAGAAUUCAGGCGUAGUGAUGUAUGGUCCGAUAGAGUUGAAUAAAAUGGAAUAGCGUGGAAUGGAAUACAAUGGAACAGAACAGGAUGGAAUGAAAUGAAUGGAAUAGAAUAGGAUGGGAUGGAAUAUGGAAUGGAAUAGGAUGGAAUUGAAUGGAACAGUAUAGGAUGAAAUGGAAUAGAGUAGAAUAGAAUAGAAUAGAAUAGGAUUACAUUACAUUACAUUAUUAUUCAGCUCACUCCCGACUGGGGCUUUUCAGUGACCCAUUACAUCAAGUAUUACCCUUACUUAUGUUACAGACUAUUAAUUUAUCUUUACAACAAUCGCGAUACUACUUUCCUAACUAUAUUUAUCCUAACCAUAGGCGUACCGGGCGGGGGGGGCGGUAGCCCCCCCAGUUUUUUGGGCAGUCGGGCAAUAUUCGAUCAGCAGUCGGGCAAUUUUGGUUUGCAAUAAAAAAAAUGGGACAAAUUCUGUCAAUUUUGUGUAAAAUUAUCGCCAAAAAAAUUUUUCCGGAAAAAAUUUUUGGUACUACUCGGGCGGAAUCCCGAAAAGUCGGGCAAUUUUCUUUCCGCCCCCCUAAUUUUUUCCUUCCGGUACGCCCAUGAUCCUAACCCAUCCUGUCAACUUGGAAACCGGAGCACUCGGAGAAAACCCACGACUUUCGGGAAAGAGUUGACAGACUCUUUUCACUAGCCUGCGAACAGGCUCUCAAGCUGAAUUGAGAGCCUGCAUCGAUGACUAAUGAAUUUGAAUAUCUGCCCGUAACGUUCGUUUUUCCAAAUAUGGAAUGUCUAUCCUUAUAUGGUGUUGUUUACAACUUUUGUGCAAACUAAAUUUAGACCGUGCAUACUAAAUUUAGACCGUACAGUUUAUACUGUAGUGAUGGGCGAUACCAGGAUUUUUAAUUCGAUACCGAUACCGAUACUUUUAAGAUCGGUAUCGGUCGAUACCGAUACCUAUUUCGAUACCAAAAUAAACACAAAAUUCCAAUUUUCGAUACCGGAAGUGAGUACUUAAAUUGCUAGUAUCGGCUACUUUCGAUACCUGCCGGUCAGCGGAAAAACAUUUUGCAUUACUGCCAUGUAACCUAAAUAAAGCCAUAAGUAAAACAAAAGCCCUAAACGUAAUAAAUAUUCUCUAUACCUGACUUGGCGCACCGAAUUUGGAAUAUUAAGAGUUACUUUAGUGGUUCAUUAAGUCCUAUUCAACCAAGAAGUGAAAUUAAAUAAGUAGUUUAAAAAAGGGUGCAAGUAUCGAACGAUACCACGUCAGUAAUCGGUACCGAUACCGCUGUUUGUGGUAUCGAAUACUGAGUACUCGGUAUCGCCCAUCACUAUUAUACUGUUUUUCGAAAUAUAACAUAUUCAAGCAAAAGUUCAAAUGUUUUAAAUACUGUUUUCUCAAAACAGAACAUUUCGUGCUUUGAGAUAAGACGGCCAAGACCAAUUUGAUCAGUUAAUGUGUUUUUUUAUGCAUAGUGCUUCAGUUGACAUAUAUAGAGCUUAGGGAAAACAUAUAAAUUAUAGCAUCUGACCAAUGAGAAUUUCGCGUCACGAUUUGAGACGCAGAUAUUCAAAUUCAUUAGUCAUCGAUGCAGGCUCUCAAUUCACCUUGAGGGCCUGUUCGCAGGCUAUCUUUUCACAUGAGUCCGUAGCGAGAAUCGAACCCACGAACUCAGAGGUGAAAGCCGCUGGCUUUGAGGACUGCGCCACCUAAGCCCCAAUGGAAUGGAAUUACAAUAGAAUAGAAUUAGGCAGAACUUGUGAAAUUCCGAUUAUUUUCGCUGGUUCCAUAGUUUUUUCUCUGAGUAUUAGAAAACCGUGAAUCAACCAUUUCUUAUUUUCAUCCUCAUUUAGUGUAAAUACGUCGCUGAAAAAGCGACGGUGAAGUGCAAAGAAGAAAAUCACACAUUGCAAUCUUUACAAGUCAUGAAGAAAUUCUUUUCCUGUCGUGACUGUAGUGAACGCACGGUCGCAUAUGGACAGCGGUAUCCCACGCGCGAGUGCAGGUAGGACUUUUGAAAACUAUGGUGCUCUUCCUCUGCAGACAUUUCAUUGCUUCAUGACUUAGAUUCUUGCACUUCACUUGGUGGAAUUAAUAUUAGAAUGUUAGGAUUUGGAAUCCAAGUGAGAAUAUAUACAUUUUAAGACCUGCAUUAAGACCUGCUAAGUGCUGCAUUUUUCGCAGUCGUUCCUGGUUAGGUCUUAAAAUGUAUAUAUUCUCACUUGGAUUCCAAACCCUAACAUUCUAAUAUUUCAUUGCUUGCUUUUCUUCAGUGGCCCAACACUUCGGGAAAUGAAACUACAGAGCCACUGGGGUACCGAAUUUAGGUUCCCACCAUAUGAGCACGGCAAUUGCUAGUAUACUUCAAAAUAAGGUUUCCGUUUUUAUAUCAAUUUUUAAAAUAAGAUAGGGUUAGUUUAGGCCAGUUAGGUUAGGUUAGGAUUAGGUUAAGGUUAGUAUUAGGGUUAGGGCUUAGUUUUGCGUUAGGAUAGUUUUUUUCUACGUUAUAAAAACGGAAACCUUAUUUUGAAGUAUACUAUCUGGCAAUCACCAUAUGGGCACCUUUUGUUCUGGGAAAUUGUAGUUCUUCAAAAAUUUUGUCUUAUUGUCGAUUUUAAGUCACUUUUCAACACGCGGGUCCCAAGUUCGUUGCAAAUUUGCCAUGCAAUUACGUUUCUGAGUUUGAAAAUCGGGCGCGAACUUCGCAACAAAGUUUGCAAGUACGUUUCAAUGUUUGAACUUCGUUUGUAAACAAAUGUUGGCAUACUCAAUAAUAAUAACCAAAUACAAACCUUCUUGGUGGACCACUGGACCAAGAAAUUUCCAUUGAAAUGUUAAUUUCAACUUGAACUAUGAACAUUUGUUUAAAAAUAGAAGUUCAAGCAUUGAAAUGUACUUGCGAACUUUGUUGCGAAGCCCAAUUUUCGAACUUGGAAACGUAAUUGACAUGUUUGCAACGAACUUGGGUGAAAAGUGACUUGAAAUAAAUUUUAUUGCCUUAAUUAAAUCUAUAACCUAUACCUGCGCCACAGGCUAUUGGAGUGAAUAAGGUCUGUGUGUCUUGUGUGCGAGAUUGCCACAGGCUUGGCAGGGAGAAUAAGAAGAUGCCUGCCGUGGAGAUGCCUGCCGUGAAGUUUAAGUGUCCAGAUCUUCAUGUUUGUUUUGUGUUCAUAAUUUUAGAAAAUGUGGUGCAAAGAAUUGGGAAAAAUGCGGAAUGUGGAAGGUUAGUUCAUAUGUAUUUAUCCUUUCCCCUAUAUAGGACCUGUUAAUUCCUUCACUUUAGAACUGAUAGAGCUAUAUUUAGUAUAAUGAAGUAAGCUAAGUUUUGCUCAAGGUGACAGUGAACCACAAGGUGGACAGUAAAAGGUAUGGGCCUGUUGUUCAAAGGUGGGUUAGCGCUAACCUUGGGUUAAAAUUUAACCUGCUGUUUUAGUUUGUGUAUUUUUACACGUCUGCUUAUUCAAAACUUCAGAGAAGUAAAUUAGUAAAUUCCUAUCGAUCCAGACAAGAUCUCUGACGAAAUACUUCCAAAUUUAUAGACAAGCUGUCAGGAAUUUUGCUUUGAAUUUUAGGUUAACCCAGGGUUAAGUUAACCUAGCUUUGAACAACUGGAAGAACAGUCUAGAACUGAUAGAGCUAUAUAGUAUAUUAAGUAAGUUCUCUCUCUUCUCUUCACAGGAAAAGAGUGGACCUAAACUAGGCGGAGAGACUUUGAUGGUUCGUGGAUUAGAAUAUGCCAAAUUCUUAAAUUCCCUGCAGACGCCCAAGACUAACGGUAUUUUACCGAAAUAUCUUUAA